UGCUGGGCCCCCUUCCACGUGCUGCAGCUGGUGCAGCUGGCCGUCCAUCGGCCCACCCUGCCGUUCUACUAUGCCUACAACGUGGCCAUCAGCAUGGGCUACGCCAACAGCUGCCUGAACCCUUUCAUUUACAUCUUGCUUGGGCAGAACGUCCGCAGGAGGAUCGUGGUCUCCGUGCGGCCCGCGGCUUUCGGAGAGGACACCUCUCACAACCGGCUCAAGAGUGCACAGGGAGAAGGCAGCGACUUUGGGCAACCGCUGCUGCACUUGGUCUCCGUCUCGGCCAGGUAG